AUGGUGGUGCUGUUUCUUCCUGAGGCGGCCGAUUAUAUCGCGAGUGACGGGAAGGAGUCCCUAGAGCUUGCAGAGCCGCAAUCGAGCUCAACUUUCGUGAACGGCCUUCGGGAAGCAGCUCGGGAGCAUCGUGUUGCUGUUCAUGUGGGCGUCCAUCAUCGCGAUGAGACGGAUAUUGGGCAGGAACAGUCAAAGAGAAUUCUCAACCGCACUAUCUAUAUCAACGAGAGUGGUGAAGUUGACGACACAGCAACGUAUGAUAAGCUUCAUGCAUUCGACUAUGGCAAGAUGAAGGAGAGUGAUACAGUUCAGCCUGGCGCAACUCUCACAGCCCCUUUCGACUCGCCUGUAGGUCGCAUCGGAAGUCAAAUCUGCUUCGACCUGCGUUUUCCAGAGGCAGGCCUGGCACUUUCUCAACCUGGUCCUCGCAGCGCGUGGAAGAACCGCCCAGCUCAGAUCCUAACAUACCCCAGUGCUUUCACUCUUAAAACGGGACCAGUGCAUUGGGAGACUCUUCUCACGGCACGAGCCGUUGAGACACAGAGCUACAUCAUCGCAUCAGCACAGGUCGGACAGCACAACGAGAAGAGGGCGAGCUGGGGAGAGAGCAUCGUUGUUGAUCCCUGGGGACGAGUUGUGCUAAAGCUCAAGGGUGUUAAGGAUAAGGAGGGCGGAGAGCCUGAGGAAGGUGCUGUGGGAGAUAUUGGGUUUGUGGAUAUUGAUCUCAAGAACUUGGAACAGAUCCGAGAGGAGAUGCCUCUUCAGAGGAGAACGGAUGUUUAUCCUGAGUUGGUUUGCACCAAGGCAUAG